CCUAUACUUGUUCUUGUGCGCGCUUCUGCGUUUUUAUGUAAUAUGACAGGUUAUUUUCUGUUGUAUUCUUGAAUAUUAUUUACUGUUGGGAAUUAAGACAACAGUUAAAAAUGAGUAACAGCCAAGAUGAAAAAACUAAAAUUGAAAUUCAAAAGUUACUAGUAGCUAUAAACGACGACAUGAUUAAAAUAAAGGACGAGUUAUCCGCAGUACAAGCCCUCGUAGAAGAAAACGCUUUGCUACCGACGUCCGCGAAAUUGGCAAAUGAAAAGUUGACUAUAAUUGCCAAGGAGGCUGGAAUCGACCUGGGUAAUUUGGAGAGUGUUUUGAAUGAGUCUGCAGAUGAAGAGGAAAGUCAAUCAGAAAGUAGUGACCAAAAAAAGGCCAGCUGCAAAUCCACGUCAGUUCAAUCAAAUGUUGCCAUUAUUGCUGCUGCCACGGAUAAACUGGCAGUUAAACUAAAGCGUACGUUGAAAAAGUGA